CAUUCUUCGUCAAGCUUUCCUAAGUUUAUCCCAACCAGAUCUAUCUCAAACCCGGGACUCAACACGUCUAAACCCGCAAUUUUCGCGCGUCUAGCACGAGAAGCUUCUCUCAAAAACUCUCAAUGGGUCUAGAAGAUUUCGAAAAGGAACUUGCAGCUAGCAAGGCAAGCAAGAGCUCACACAAGAAACGCGACCGAAGUCGAAGCCGAGACAGAAGUCACAGGCAUCGUCGUGAUCGCUCGAAGGAUCGCGAACACAGACGAGACCACCGCUCUUCGCGCCAUCACCACCGAGAUGAGGACGACGAACGCAGCGGCCACCGAGACGACCGACACCGACACAAGCGGUCGCGACACCAUCGCGAUCGCUCUCAAGAAGAUUCGCAUCGCAGAAGAAGCCAUCGAGACGGGGAUCGCGAUGAAGAUGAUAGACGAGAUAAACCACGGAGGCGUCACGCAGAUAGCUCAGACGACGAACAGGAGCGAAUUGGGCGCAAAGGCAAGGGCGCUCUAGAUGACGAAGACAUGGAUACGGAUAGUGAAGAUGAAGCUCCCCCAGGUCGGGAUUUCGUGCCGCCUGAUGACGAUAUCUUGGAUCGACAACUUGAGGAAGCUGCAAAUGCAAAUAUCGAGCGUGACUCGUGGAUGCAAGCGCCGUCUUCGCUCGACGUAGACUACGUGCAGCGUAAGAAGAAAGAGGAAAAGACUACUUAUGUAAAGUCUUCAGAGGAACACUUCAAACCCACAAAUGUAGACGAGCCAGACGAGCAGAAUGUAGAAGAAUCGGGGCCCAGAGAAGUGUCAUACACCUUUGGAGAUGCAGGGUCGCAAUGGCGCAUGAUGAAGCUCAAAGGCAUAUAUCGUGCAGCGGAGGAGACAAAUCGCUCGGUUGAGGAAGUAGCGCUUGAGAAGUACGGUGACUUGCAGGAUUUCGACGAUGCCAGAGAAGAAGAGAUCGAGAUGGACAGGAAAAAGAUGUAUGGCAAAGCGUACGUGGGCAAGGAGAAACCUUCUGGCGAGCUUUACGAAGAGCGCAAACGGAAGGAAAGUGCUCAACGACAACACGAACAGCAGGAAUCUGGCAUGAGUGCCUUCAAUCAGACUACGGCGGAAGCCUCGACAACUGCAGCACCACCACCACAGGUCAGAUUGAGUAGCACCGAGCUAAACAAACUGAAGGCACAAAUGAUGAAAGCCAAAAUGAAGGGAGCACCUAACGCGAAGCAACUCGAAGACGAGUACAACGCCUACCUUGCGGCUGAUAAAGUUGACCCUGGGGACGUCGUACUGAGCGCCAUGGACAACCGCAUGCUGGCCGGCGGUCGAAAGGGUGAAGUCGUUGCCCUCACGAACAAACGAGGACAAGAGAGGGGACUCGUCAAGGAGAACGAAGACAUGAGCAUCGAGGACAUGGUCCGUCAAGAACGCCGCACGAAAGGCCAGGCGGGCGGCGAAGGCAUGCUGCUGGCCGAAAAGAUCGCCAAAGACGCCAAAUUCGACAACGACCUGGACUACCUCGACGAAAAUGCCAGCCGCCUCGCGACGCGGGCCCCGAAAUCCACCAUCAAUCUCCGCAACACGGCCAUCCAAGACUACCAGCGCACGAACCGCAUCCUCGACAGCUGCCAACUCUGCCACCACGAAGACCGCUCCCCACCGCAGCCCCCCAUCGCACCAAUCCUCUCCCUCGCCACCCGCGUCUACCUGACCCUCCCAACCGAGCCCGAGCUCUCCGCAGGCGGCGCCGUCAUCGUCCCCACACAGCACCGCACCAACCUCCUCGAAUGCGACGACGACGAGUGGGAAGAAAUCCGCAACUUCAUGAAGUGUCUCACCCGCAUGUACCACGACCAAGGGCGCGACGUCAUCUUCUACGAGAACGCCGCAGCCCCGCACCGCAAACUCCACGCCGCCAUGUCCGCCGUGCCCAUCCCCUUCGAACUCGGCGAGACCGCCCCGGCCUUCUUCCGCGAGGCCAUUCUCGCCUCGGACGACGAGUGGACGCAGCACAAACCCCUCAUCGACACGCUGAAAGCCUCGCGGAACGGCAUGGGCAGGUCUGCGUUCAGGAAGUCGCUCGCGAAGGAGAUGCCGUAUUUUCAUGUUUGGUUCGAGCUUGAUGGCGGGUUGGGUCACGUCGUGGAGGACGAGAGGAGGUGGCCUCGUGGUGACUUGUUUGCGAGGGAGACGCUGGGCGGUAUGCUUGAUGCGGAUAUCGAGGUUGUGAAGAGGCAGGGUCGCUGGCAUAAGGAGGACCGGAGGGUCGAGAAGUGGAAGAAGGGGUGGAGGAAAUUUGACUGGACGAGGGUGUUGAGCGAGGGGUGAGGCUCGAUCGAUCGAAGGAAAAAAAUCCCUAUAUGACAUUAAAAAUAUAAUAAUUUCUCAUCCUGGACGGUUUCGGACAUGUCACUUCAGUAUUGAAAAGGUUCGGCAACACAUCACCGUCAUAAGUAGUCAAUAGUAGCAUGUAAUGAGUGCCAAAAUCAGCACCUCUCAUCAUCCAUCCAUCGAUUUAUCUUUU